AAUAGAUGAACCGACUUCAAAAUUAGGGAUUUCCAUCAUCAACAAAUAAACCGCUCCUGAGCCAGUUUCGAUCGAAACAAGCGAAAACAAAGAGACCCGCGGCGAGUAAUGGCGUCGGUUGCUAUCGAGACGAGCCAGGUGGUGGCUGAGGGCGGCGAGAUGGUGAAGGUACGGGGAGGCGGCGGCGAGGGGCUGAGGCAGUACUACACUCAGCAUAUCCACGACCUCCAGCUCCAAGCUCGCCAGAAGGCUCACAACCUUAAUCGCCUCGAGGCGCAGAGGAACGAUCUCAACUCCAAAGUGAGAAUGUUGCGGGAGGAAUUGCAACUGCUUCAGGAACCUGGAUCAUAUGUUGGCGAAGUAGUGAAAGUUAUGGGUAAAUCAAAAGUUUUAGUGAAGGUUCAUCCAGAAGGAAAGUACGUUGUUGACAUUGACAAGAACAUUGAUAUAACCAAGAUCACGCCUUCAACUAGAGUUGCUCUUCGCAAUGAUAGCUAUGUUCUUCAUUUGGUACUUCCCAGCAAAGUAGACCCAUUGGUCAAUCUUAUGAAGGUUGAGAAAGUUCCUGAUUCUACAUAUGAUAUGAUUGGAGGUCUUGAUCAGCAAAUCAAAGAGAUUAAAGAGGUUAUUGAGCUUCCGAUCAAGCACCCCGAACUGUUUGAGAGCCUUGGAAUAGCUCAGCCUAAGGGAGUGUUGCUUUAUGGGCCACCAGGUACAGGGAAAACUUUGCUUGCGAGAGCGGUGGCUCAUCAUACUGAUUGCACCUUUAUCCGUGUCUCUGGUUCUGAGUUGGUUCAGAAAUACAUUGGAGAGGGUUCUAGAAUGGUUCGAGAACUUUUUGUUAUGGCUAGGGAGCAUGCCCCGUCAAUCAUAUUCAUGGAUGAAAUUGAUAGUAUUGGAUCUGCUAGAAUGGAAUCAGGGUCUGGUAAUGGUGACAGUGAAGUGCAAAGGACAAUGCUCGAGCUUUUGAAUCAGCUUGAUGGGUUUGAAGCAUCAAACAAAAUCAAAGUUUUGAUGGCCACAAAUAGGAUUGAUAUUUUGGAUAAAGCCCUUCUCAGGCCAGGUCGUAUUGACAGAAAAAUCGAGUUCCCCAACCCCAAUGAAGAUUCCCGUUUUGAUAUCUUGAAGAUUCACUCGAGGAAAAUGAACUUGAUGCGAGGAAUUGAUCUUAAGAAGAUUGCAGAAAAAAUGAAUGGUGCUUCUGGCGCAGAACUCAAGGCUGUGUGCACAGAGGCAGGUAUGUUUGCACUCAGGGAGAGAAGAGUCCAUGUGACCCAAGAGGAUUUCGAGAUGGCUGUAGCUAAGGUCAUGAAGAAAGAAACAGAGAAGAACAUGUCCCUCAGAAAACUAUGGAAGUGAUCUGCUCGUUUCAUCUCGGCACCAGACAUGUCUAUUGACUAUCACCCUUUUUUUUCCCCUUCUGUUGAUGGACACGUAACUUAACUGCAUACUUGUUAUAAUUAAGCUUCAACCUCAAUGUAAUUGAUUUGUUUUCAUCAUCCGCCAAAUCUGAUUGCA